CGAAAAACCAAGCGACAACUGCUGCCAAAACAAUGGCUGCAGCUCUCUCGUUCCUUCGAUGUCGCGAGCUCUUCCGCGCUGCUGCUGCUUACCAAGUAGGCUCGCACCAUGACAUUCUCCUCUUUCGUUGCAUGCCGUUGCCAACCCCACCAACUCCGUCUAUGCCGUUGUCGUCCCAGUACAUCUCGUUCGGCUCACUAUCCACCUUUCCCAUGAUUUGGCCUCACUCAAGUGUGCUCGAUGAUAUCAAUGCAUCGUCAUCAACCAUCGAAGAAACACCCAUCGUGUCUUGCCUUGAUAUCGACCAAGCUGGGCUUGCAAAGCUGCACGACACACUGGGUCCAUGGCUGCUCGAGUAUGGCACGUCCCGUUUACCUAUUCUUAUCUCUGAAGCGCCAGAGCUACAAUCAGUGCUCCUUGCAUAUGCUUGUAUGCAUGGCGAGGUAGCUGUGAUCAAGUACCUUCGCGAUCGCAACCUCAUGAAGGACGACUCGACCUACUCAAAACAUGCCUUGAACUUAGGCAUCAUGUUCAACCAGCUGAGCGUUGUGCAAUACUUGCAUGUGAAUUGCCCCGAGAUUGCAUGUUCCAAGCAAGCAACGGACACUGCCGCAGGAAAAGGUUAUAUCAAGAUGGUGCAAUGGGUGCACACCCACCGAAAAGAAGGGUUUUCAAAGCUCGCCAUGACAAGUGCAGCCGGCAACGGACAUUUGAACGUUGUGAAAUAUCUGCACAUGCACCGACGUGAAGGAUGUUCACCUCAAGCGAUGGACGAUGCCGCGGCCCAUGGUCACGUUGAGGUCGUGCAGUUUUUGCACGAAUCAAGGAGUGAAGGGUGCACGACGGGUGCCAUGGACGUGGUUGCAAGCCGAGGUGACCUGCAUCUAGUGCAAUACCUCCACGCCCACCGUCCAGAAGGCUGUACAACAAAUGCGAUGGACAAUGCUGCGUCCAAUGGCCAUUUGCAAGUCGUCCAAUUUCUUCACACGAAUCGGCGCGAAGGAUGUACGACUCGGGCUAUGAACGGGGCCGCCGCGCGGGGAUGCCUCGAGGUCGUCCGCUGGCUGCACUGGAAUCGGUGGGAAGGUUGCACAACGUACGCGAUGAACCAAGCUGCCAAGAACGGUCAUUUGAACAUUGUAAAGUUUUUGCACGCCCACCGGCCCGAAGGCGCGACGACCGUGGCAAUGGACAGCGCGGCCGAGAACGGACAUUUGGAAAUUGUGAAAUUUCUUCACACCCAUCGAAGCGAGGGAUGCACAUCGUAUGCCAUGGACAGCGCGUGUCGAAAUGGCCAUGUGGACGUUGUUCGAUGGCUGCAUGCCCAUCGGUGGGAAGGCUGUACAACCCGCGCCAUCGACAUGGCCGCUGGUCAAGGCCAUCUAGAGAUCGUCCAGUGGCUCGUGGAGCAUCGAGUGAAGGAGCGGUGCACGCACUUCGCACUCAACAAUGCAUCGCAAAAUGGCCACGUCGCUGUUGUCGCUUACCUCAAGCAGCAGCCAUCGCGGCAUUGCGACCAGCGUGGUGAUAGGGGUGCUCGAUCGAACUAGCCCCGCUCCUUUAACUGGAACAUAGCGAUACAACGGUCCUGGUGGUGCAGCACUCGUAACGAGAUGCAACUUGACAAGUUUGGUGUUGGCGGCGUUGUCAAGCACAAAACAUGUCGGGAGCGCAACCAUCUCGAUGCCGAACGCUACAGCUGAGAGCAAUGAAAAGGACGUUAAAAGUGGUGCGAGUUUGCUUGGGGAAGUUGACACUCGAACUACUAUGUUUCAGCCUUCUUUACGUGCACGCCAAGACUAUUUAGAUUCACACGCCGAUCCGAGUCCAAGUAACCUUUUCGAUGCCGAGAGUUGUGGAGGAAUGCACCGAGGUGCACGUCUCUUAACUCAAUCGGCCAUUCCUCUGUCGUGACAAAUCGCUUGGGAACGUUUACGUGUCCCUUGAGAAACUUGAACCAUUUCAGCGCCCGCAUGUUGAUUUGCCAGGAUUCAUCAUGCGCAUCCCAGACGAAGUCAACGCUUUGGAGUUCCACGAGUCUCGACUCGGACAACGUCGACUUCCUCAUCCGCAGGUUUUGCACCCAGAGCCCAAGGCGCAUGCCGCCUCCAAACGCAGGCCACUCGUUGCUGUCGCAUGGGACGACGAACGUAUUUGGGAUGUUCACAUGGCCAUAUAGUCGAUGAAAUGUUGUGAGGAGCUCCAUGUUUUGCUGCCACUCGUAUUCGUGCACACUCCAGACGAAUCCGAGUUGAUCGAGAGCGGCAACACGGUCUGCAUGAAGGUCUUUCUUGAGUCGAAGCCGAAUGUUGUCGACGAUGCGGCCGAGUUUCCAAUUCCACGUGUCUUGGGGCCAUCUUUCGUCGUUUUGGGGGAUUACAAAGCGUCGCGGCACAAUGACAUGGCCGUUCAGUUUCAAAUACGUGUUCAGGGCUUCGAUGACCAAGGUCCAUUUGUGCUGCCUCAUGUCCCAGAUGAACCCAACCUUGUCCAGGGCUUCCACGAUCUCGCGAUCCACCUUGUUCUUGCGGUACAAUUCACGGAGCGCCGACACAUUGACCCACGACCCAUGAAGGCUUGCAGGGAAGUCUGGCAACGAUGGCACAGUGAGCUGCGCUGGCAACGUCGUGUACUUGGACACUGCGGGGUCAUACGCAUCUGUCGCCAACUUCACCACGAUUUUCUGCAGAGAAAGCGGCAUGGAUGAUGCAGCAAAUGCGCGUGUGAAGCAUGCACGAAGCUGCGGCGCCUUCAGCACCAGCGUCGCCAUGGCUGCAACUUCCUCUCAAUCUGAAGCACUCG